GCCAUCCCAGAUGUGUGUGACUUUCUUUCUUCAGCAGAACACAAACAAAGAUUUUUAGAAGUUUUUCCUCGAUGUUGUGACAUAAAACCAGUUUGCCACAGAUAUGUUCUUGGAUUACAGACUAAAUUAUCACCACGUCACAAACCAUUGCGCAAUCAAUUAUUGUUACGCUCUCCGUCUGAAUAAAUAUUUAUAUAGUUGCUGUGGCUUCGGUUUUGUAUUGAGCCUGAGAGAGAUAGAUCCUGUCACCACCUGUCUCCGUUGUAACUAGCUUAUUCAGGAAGUUUGUCCCUAUUGUAGCACCGUAGCACAGUUCAGGAAGAGGGGAGUGAGAAGUGUAGGGGGAGGAAAAUAAUGGAAGUGCUUGGAAAAUAAUGUUGAGUUUCCUUGCAGAGGAGAGACGUCACAGCCCGACCACAGAGAGCAGAAGUAGGAAUAGGAGGAAGGAUCAUACCAAGACAGUGGAGAGAGAAGUUCAAUCUGAGACUAAAACAUUAGACAUUACAGCGGAUGGACAAAGUUUAUUCCCAAGAGUCCUGAGAAAAAUCGUUCAAGAAUAUUUCAAUAGUAAUGUGUGUGCGUCGUGACGAGUCGCUGAGAUAAAGGGCCUGGGCUUAUAAAAAAAACAAAAAAAAACAAGGCACUGUUUAUGGUUUUCUUUUCUUCCCCCUCUCUUUCUCUCCAACCAAAUCGGUGGAGGGUUGUGCGCACAACCGGGAGUUGCCGCUGACUGACUGACGGCAGGAGGGAACGAAAGUUUGCAAGGCGGGCGGAAAAUUAUUCGACGUAAACACUCGUUGUUUUCGACACUAGGACCGCAUAUUUCAAGCUUAAAUGCAUUGUAGAUACUUUUGGAAACUGCGGAUAUUUGUUCAGGCUAGCGGUGACCUCGAAAUCUAGAUUGAAAUCCUGUUUUAAGGCGUGUGCGUGGGUUGCGCCGUAACAUGAAGGUGGUGGUAGAUUGACGCGGAUAGCGCGAGAGCCGCUGUUUAGGAGCUGGGCUACUCACUUGUCUUUAACUUUUACCUUUCUAUUGAGAUAUUUCUGAUUUAUACUGAUUGUGUGUGUAUAUAUAUAAAUAUAGUGUUCUUUGACUGAGGUGGGCUUGGCUUAGUUUACGCAUUCUGCCAAAAUGAGUGUAGAGACCGCGCGCAGUGUGGUACAUCUGAUCGGAUCUGAGCGCCACUCCAAGCUCUUGUAAAUGUUGCCAUGCAGUCUUCAGGACUAAAGACCAGCCAUUUAUCAUCUGAAAACGCUCGCUAGGCUCUCUCGACCAUUUUCUGGUAACAUUUGUCUCAAGAACGGGGUCAGUUGGCCUUGAAGAACCUCUUGUUCUUCACACAUAUUGACGGUCAGAAAUCCUGCAGCUGUUUUCGCACGCGGUUAAACUGCUCGCGACGGGGACGAGCCAAAUGUUUCUCCGGAAAGCUCACAAGUUUUCCUGAACUGUCCUUUGAAAUAAACAUUUGUGGAAAAUAAAUCACAAUACGACUAGCUGCAGUUUUGGACCACGUAUUUUUAAUCCUCGAUUCCUUCAGAAAUUGCUGUAAACAUGUCAGAAAACGCACCUACGCGGAGUCUGGAUGACAUCGACCUGUCCGCCCUGCGGGAUCCAGCAGGAAUCUUCGAGCUGGUGGAAGUUGUGGGCAAUGGCACCUACGGACAGGUGUACAAGGGUCGUCACGUAAAGACAGGUCAGCUGGCUGCUAUAAAGGUCAUGGAUGUGACUGAAGAAGAAGAGGAGGAGAUUAAAGCAGAGAUUAAUAUGCUGAAGAAGUACAGUCACCAUAGAAACAUCGCCACCUACUAUGGAGCCUUCGUAAAGAAAAGUCCACCCGGACACGACGACCAGCUCUGGUUGGUGAUGGAGUUUUGUGGUGCUGGCUCAGUAACAGACUUGGUGAAGAACACAAAAGGAAACUCGCUGAAAGAAGACUGGAUCGCGUAUAUCUGCAGAGAAAUACUGAGAGGUCUGUCUCACCUCCAUGCUCAUAAAGUGAUCCACAGAGACAUAAAGGGACAGAAUGUACUGCUUACAGAGAAUGCAGAGGUGAAACUCGUGGAUUUUGGUGUGAGCGCACAACUGGAUCGUACAGUAGGCAGAAGGAACACUUUCAUUGGCACUCCAUACUGGAUGGCCCCAGAGGUCAUUGCUUGUGAUGAGAAUCCAGACUCCACCUAUGAUUACCGGAGUGAUAUCUGGUCUCUGGGCAUCACUGCAAUAGAGAUGGCUGAAGGAGCUCCUCCGUUAUGCGACAUGCAUCCCAUGCGAGCCUUGUUCCUUAUCCCACGCAACCCUCCUCCUAAACUCAAGUCCAAGAAAUGGUCCAAAAAGUUUAUAGACUUCAUUGAGGGUUGUCUGGUAAAGUCAUAUCCGAGUCGUCCCUCCACAGAACAGCUACUGAAGCACUCAUUCAUCAGGGACCAGCCCACAGAGAGACAGGUCCGCAUCCAGCUAAAAGAUCACAUAGACCGUACACGCAAGAAACGUGGUGAAAAGGAGGAGACAGAGUAUGAGUACAGCGGUAGUGAUGAAGAGGAUGAGAACAGAGGAGAUGAGAGAGAGUCCAGCUCAAUUCUGAAUGUUCCGGGUGAGUCGACAUUGCGGAGGGAUUUCCUGAGGCUGCAGCAGGAGAAUAAAGAGCGCUCAGAGGCCUUAAAGAGACAGCAGGCGCAGCUCGCUGCUCAGCGUAGAGACCCUGAGGAGCACAAACGCCAGCUGCUGCAUGACCGACAGAAACGGAUAGAGGAGCAGAAAGAACAGAGGCGGCGCUUAGAAGAGCAACAGAGGAAAGAGAGGGAGAUGGUGCGGCAGCAACAGGAUAAAGCUCCUCACAGGAGACUUGAUGACAUGAGGCGAGAGGAGGACAGGAGGAUGGCAGAGAGAGAGCAGGAGUUUAUAAGACAUAAGUUGGAGGAAGAACAGCGGCAGUUGGAGAUACUGCAGCAGCAAUUACUGCAGGAGCAGGCAUUGCUAAUGGAGUACAAGCGUAAACAGCUGGAGGAGCAGAGACAGUCAGAGAGACUUCAGAGACAGUUGCAGCAGGAGCACGCUUACCUUGUCUCACUUCAACAACAGCAGCAGCAAGACAAGAAACCACAGAUGUACCACUACAGCAAAAACCUAGAGAACAACAAACCAGCCUGGGCUAGAGAGGUUGAGGAGCGCAGUAAAUUGAACAGACAGGGCUCUCCCAAAAUCUGCACUACAGUCUCUGACACCAACAUCCAAUCACGUUCUGAAUCAGUCAACCAAUCAGGAGCUGCUCAGACACCACCCAUGCAGAGACCUGUGGAACCACAGGGUGGACAGGGAAAGUUCCAGAUGGCCCACCUGGUGCCGUUAAAACCAUACGCUGCUCCUGUCCCUCGCUCUCAGUCUCUUUGUGAUCAGCCCACUAAGACCAUGUCUGCCUUCCCCACCCAGGAUCCCUCUCCCACACCCAUACCUCGCCCUCUACACUCCAGAGAACUAGUUCGUCAAAAUUCUGACCCCACCUCCGAGACCCCCACUCCUCAGUCUCGGCCUAUGAGAGAUGACCGGGGGCCUUGGAUCCAUCUUCCGGAGAUUGAGCAGCCUCCUAAAAUUCCUCAGAGAACAGCCUCUAUAGCCACGGCACUGAACACAAAUCUCUCCUCUGGUAUCAGACACCCAGUCCGAGCAAGUAAUCCAGAUCUGAGUCGUAAUGAGCGUUGGGAGCGAGGUGACAGCAUGAGCAUCAUGUCCAACCUGCCACAGACAGGCUCUCUAGAAAGACAUCGCAUACUCAGCUCGUCCAAGAUGGACUCCUCCCCCACCCUGUCUCAUGAUGGUCGACACAAACCAGGAGAAUCCCGUACAUCGUCCAGACCCAGCAGACCAGCGGACCAUGGACUAUACUCUAAGGAGCGGGCAGAGGAGCAGCCACGGCCCCCGGUGAAGGCUAAUGACUACUCCUCUUCCUCAGAAAGCAGUGAGAGCAGUGAAGAGAGUGAGAGUGGAGAGGGAGCAGAGGAGGAGAGCCCUACUGACCGCCCACGUGAUGCAGAUUCUGACUCUGUGAACACUAUGGUUGUCCAUGAGGAGGAGGAGGGUGAAGGAGGAGAGGAAGAACGAGCUGGAGGAUAUGGAGACCAAACCAUGCUUGUACAAAGGACCCCAGAGAAGCGUAGUCAUAAUGGAUACACCAACCUGCCUGAUGUGGUUCAGCCCUCCCACUCUCCUACAGACUCGGCCUCCCACUCUUCUCCUGGGAAAGACUCUACCUAUGAUUAUCAGUCCAGGGGAUUGGUGAAGGCCUCUGGAAAAUCCUCCUUUACUACUUUUGUAGACCUUGGAAUGUACCAACCAUCAGGGGGCACAGGAGAUAACGUUUCUGUUGGAGGCCUGGGCUCUCGUUUUGAGCAGCUGAAGCUGGAGGUGAGGAAGGGCUCUAUGGUCAAUGUCAAUCCCACCAACACUCGUCCUGUCAGUGACACUCCUGAAAUCCGCAAAUACAAGAAGAGAUUCAACUCUGAGAUCCUGUGUGCUGCCCUCUGGGGUGUGAAUCUGCUAGUAGGGACAGAGAAUGGCCUGAAGCUGCUGGAUCGCAGCGGACAGGGGAAAGUUUAUCCACUGAUCAACUCGCGCAGAUUUCAGCAGAUGGAUGUUUUGGAGGGUCUCAAUCUACUCAUUACUAUAUCAGGAAAGAAGAAUAAAGUGCGUGUAUAUUAUCUGGCCUGGCUGAGGAACAAAAUCCUUCAUAAUGACCCAGAGGUGGAAAAGAAACAGGGCUGGACCACUGUAGGGGAAAUGGAAGGCUGUGUCCACUACAAAGUGGUGAAAUAUGAAAGGAUCAAGUUUUUGGUUAUCGCUCUGAGAAAUGCUGUGGAGGUUUAUGCCUGGGCUCCCAAACCUUACCAUAAAUUCAUGGCCUUCAAGUCAUUUGGUGACCUGCCUCAUAGGCCUCUUUUGGUGGACCUUACAGUGGAGGAAGGCCAAAGGUUAAAGGUCAUCUAUGGUUCAAGUGCUGGCUUCCAUGCCAUUGAUGUAGACUCUGGGAACAACUACGACAUCUACAUUCCUGUGCAUAUCCAGUCCCAGGUGACUCCUCAUGCAAUCGUAUUCCUGCCCAACUCUGAUGGAAUGGAGAUGCUGUUGUGUUAUGAGGACGAGGGUGUUUACGUCAACACAUAUGGACGCAUCAUCAAAGAUGUGGUGUUGCAGUGGGGAGAAAUGCCCACAUCUGUUGCCCAUAUCUGCUCUAAUCAGAUUAUGGGCUGGGGAGAGAAAGCCAUUGAGAUCAGAUCUGUUGAGACGGGACACCUGGAUGGGGUCUUCAUGCACAAGAGAGCUCAGAGGCUUAAGUUCUUGUGUGAACGAAAUGACAAGGUGUUUUUUGCAUCAGUGCGCUCUGGUGGCAGUAGUCAGGUCUACUUCAUGACCCUCAAUAGAAACUGCAUCAUGAACUGGUGAAAGAGCUGCUACAUGAACAUAGAUUCUGCUGUGCACACAUACAAACACUGAAGAGUCCUCUCACACAAUAUUUCCUCACAUACACACUUUGUAAAAACACACACAUAAUCCUGCACAAGCCUACAGAUGGAACACAUACACAAGCAUAGUUAUUUACUUCCUGAAAACACUCCUUCACCAUCUUCUUUAAUCUCUGAGCCAACUGAAAAAGGAGUGUGUGUAUGUACUGUGAGCGCACUGCUGACCUCUGACAGAGCAAUGUUGUGUACAACUAAUUCCAAAUGGUUCGUUUUCAGCAUAUUGGGCCCCUUCACAACAUUCCUCUCUGCUAAUUUCUGACAUUUGAAGGACCAUACAAAAAGGCUAACUGUACAUUUAUCUCUAGAAAUGUAUGUAAACUAUGAGAAUCACAAAAUGUUUGCGUGUUUUCUGACACAGCAGCAGUGUGUGUUUGAGAGAAUUUAUAAGCUACUUUGAGCAGCAGAAACAACUUGAAACUCUGCAGCAGUAGAGGGUGGUACUUCAAUAUCUGUAAUUUUCCAUUUCCACUGUAUAGUGAAGUAGUUGUUUAUCAUCGGUUGCAUUCAAAGUUUCUGAUACAAGUGAUAUAAAGUAAUGUUUUCUUUUCAACAAGUAGAAGUAUAGACAAUGAUUUAAAAAAAAAAAAAAUCUAACAAUAUCAGUUUUAACUUAUUCUGAGAUGAUUUCCUUUCUAAGGGAGGGAAGGGGAUGGGUUUCGCUUUCUCGAUGUAUAAACAAUAAUCCAACGCCUUUGUCGCCAAACUGUUUGUUCUAUUGAAAUGCCUUUGGCCGCUUACAGAGCAGAAUCUGGCAUUUUGCUUUUCCACUUAUCAUCUGGUGAGACCGAGUCACCCACAAUGAUCCAUCUUUGGUUUUGCUUUUCAAAGCACUUUUUUUCUUUCUAUUUGGGAAGUUUCAUCAUAUCUACUACAGUUUGAUAUUCUCUGUACGUAAUCGUAUUUGGUAUUACUACUACUUUUAUGAUCUGCUGUUCUAUAGCUGUUCCAUUUGAAAUAUGUGUUGUGUGCUCGUUCUUGUACAAAGGUUUACGAAGGAGUUUUUUUUUUUCCUUUGGUUAUUCUGAUUCUAAGGUCAGGAAGUUAUGAUUAAGUGCUUUUUUUGGCAGCAUAAAUGUAUAGUUCAGUUAUCACUGUGUAAAUUGUACAUAGCAGCCAUAAAUGUAUUUAGAUAAAAAUCUUGUUUGUAUGCACUAGUCACAUGAUUUCUUUUUAGGAGUUAAAUCACUACACUACUGCGUAAUACAAUAUUAGCAUUUAUUUCACCUCUGUUAGUGAUUUCAUAACUGAGUCAUGUGUUUAUGCUGUCAAAAUUAAUUGAUUAUUGGAUUUUUGUAUUUUAUUUUAGGCAGGUUUGUUGUUCUGGAGUGCAUCAGGGAAGUGAUGUGCAUUUGAUCAGACAAGUGAUGUGCGUUUGAUCAGACAUUUUAUUUUUUAAGAAAUAUUUGGACCCCACCAUUUUUUAUCAUCACAAAUGCCAUGAUUUAGACAAAGUCUUGGGCAUAGAUCUGAGCAAAAAUAUGCUUUUGUUUAUCUGACAGUGUGCAAGAGAGUGUGUGUGUGUGUGUGUGUGUGUGUGUGUGUGUGUGUGUGUGUGUGUGUGUGUGUGUGUGUGUGUGUGUGUGUUUGUUUGAGACUGUAUGAAAUAUGAAU